AUCAGUAGAUGGCAGUACGUAGUAUGUGAAUACAUCAGAAGUGCAUCAAUAAUACGAGAAAAACGACGAAAGUGGUCCUUUCCGGCUCCGGUCUCAGCAAGUGUAAAGAUGUUGAUGCCCAAAAAGAACCGCAUUGCCAUCUAUGAGCUCCUGUUUAAAGAGGGUGUUAUGGUCGCUAAGAAAGAUGUGCAUCUGGCCAAGCACCCGGAGCUGGCUGACAAGAACGUGCCCAACCUUCACGUUAUGAAGGCCAUGCAGUCUCUGAAGUCAUGUGGGUAUGUCAAAGAGCAGUUUGCCUGGCGCCACUUUUACUGGUACCUGACCAACGAAGGCAUCCAGUACUUGAGGGACUUCUUGCACCUGCCACCUGAGAUUGUACCUGCCACUCUCCGCCGCCAGACCCGCCCUGAGACAGCCCGACCACGCCCUAAGGGUUUGGAGGGGGAGAGACCAGCACGUCUGGCGCGUGGAGAGGGAGACAGAGAUGCAUACAGGCGAUCUGCUGCUCAGCCUGGAGCAGACAAGAAGGCUGAAGCAGGUGCAGGAGCUGCUACAGAAUUCCAGUUUAGAGGUGGCUUUGGGCGUGGCCGAGGACAGCAGCCACAGUAAUUUACCACAUGUGUAUAAUAAAGUUUUCAAAACUGUC